AUGAGUAACUACGAUGACGAUCAAAGUGAAGAUGGAGAAUUAGCACGCAGCCCUGUGCAGGAUGAAAUGGAUUUUAGCCUUUCUGACGAAGACAGGGAUAAUGCUGACUCAUUAGUUAUUAAACCACCACAAGCCGUAAUUCGUUCGUCACAUAGAGAGAAGAGAAGUCAUAAACGGUCAGGAAAAGAUAGAUAUAAAGAAAUUGUUAGAAAAGACAAGAAACACUUUUACAGGGAUCGUGACAAGUCUGAAAAAUCGAAACGUGGGGAGGUUACAAAGAACUUAGAACGUGAUGAGAUGACAAAAGAGUACUAUAGGGAAAAACAAUAUUACAGAGAAAAGGAUCCAUAUCGUGAAAAAGAGGUAAGGGAGAAAGAAAUAUAUCGUGAAAGAGAAAUUUAUAGAGAAAAAGAUGUAUAUAAAGAAAGAGAUCCAUAUAGAGAAAGAGAACAUUAUAGAGAAAGAGAAAUGUAUAGGGAUAAUACAACAUCAUUCCGGGAAGCUACACGUCAAAGAGAUAUGUAUAGAGAAAAAGAUGUCUACAAAGAAAAAGAGGUUCAAAAAGACCGUGAAAUGUAUAUGAGUCGUGAUCGACAGAAUAAAUAUUCCGAUAAUGAGAAAAAACGUUUGGAAUCUGAUAGAAUUGAGUCAAGAUUGAGGUUAUUAGCUGAAGAAAGUCGACCUAAUCAUAGUAAUGAAAAAGAGAAUAGAGACAAAACUUCUGGUGAUAAGGAACUAGAAGAUUUAAGGACAAGAUUGCUUAGUAAAAGAAUAUCAAAAGAAUUGCAAAAUCAGGAAACAAGAAAGUCUGAUUAUUCAGACAAAGAAUCAAAAUCAGAUGAUAGGCAAAGACAUUCAUCAUCACUAGAUAGACAUCAGCAGGAACGAAGAAAAAGAUUAAUAGAAGCAGAAAAAGAGAUGGAAAAACGUAAACAUGAGUCCCGUAAUGAAUUAGAAGCUCGCCGUGAGGAACGUCGCCGUCGCGGGAAGAAGAGAUCGGUAUCUCCUGAUGAUGGCUCUAAUAAGAAGAAAAGAAAUCACUCCCCCAUCUAUGAUGCAGUGGUUACUGUAUCAGAUGCCAGUGAUGUUGAGAUGAAGAGUGAUUCCCUUCAUUCAGAACCAGAAGAGGGUGAACAUUCAAAUAGCGAGACUGAUGAUGACAGCACCACUGAUUCUGACUCAGAAGCUGAUUCUAAAUCAGGGGAUGAUAAUGAAAUUCAAGAAAAGUCAGAUAAAGAAGACAAGGAUGUAAAGGAACAAGAUGUUGAUAAGGCUAAAACUAGGUUAAAUUCAAAGUCCAAAUCAAAAUCACCUUCACCAAAAUCAGCUCAUAGAAGUCCAUCAUCCCAUGGAUCUGGAAGGUCACACUCUAGAUCCAAAAGUAGAAGUAGAUCACAUUCCUUUUCACCUCCACCACCUGGUGAAAAUGGAAAAACACCUGCUGAAGAAGAGAAACCAGAAGAAGACAAUGAAAAGCUAAGAUUAAAAGAAGAAGCUAUAAAUUUAUUGCCACCAUACUAUCCUGCUCUACAGGGCUGUCGAUCUGUUGAGGAGUUUCAAUGUCUGAAUAGAAUAGAGGAAGGCACAUAUGGAGUUGUUUACAGAGCACGUGAUAAGACCACUGAAGAAAUUGUUGCUUUAAAACGAUUGAAAAUGGAGAAAGAGAAGGAGGGUUUCCCUAUCACAUCGCUGAGGGAGAUCAAUACUUUACUUAAGGGCCAGCAUCCGAACAUCGUGACCGUCAGGGAGAUUGUCGUCGGUUCUAAUAUGGAUAAAAUUUUCAUCGUCAUGGACUAUGUGGAGCAUGACCUGAAGAGUCUUAUGGAAACGAUGAGGGGGAAGAAACAAGUAUUCCUACCUGGAGAAAUUAAGUGCCUCAUGACGCAGUUGUUAAAGGCUGUGCAUCAUCUUCACGACAAUUGGAUAUUGCACAGAGAUCUAAAAACAAGCAAUCUCUUACUUUCGCAUAAAGGUGUUUUGAAGGUGGGAGACUUCGGUCUAGCCAGAGAAUACGGCUCACCACUUCGCCAGUACACUCCUAUCGUAGUUACUCUAUGGUAUCGAGCCCCAGAGCUUCUACUUUGCUGCAAAGAAUAUUCUACUCCUAUUGAUAUGUGGAGUGUUGGUUGCAUAUUUGCCGAAUUUAUCACAAUGAAUCCAUUGUUCCCGGGGAAAUCAGAAGUGGAUCAAUUGAAUAGAAUAUUUAAGGACCUUGGUACCCCGUCCGAAUUGUUGUGGCCAGGCUAUAAUGAGCUACCAGCAGUACAAAAGAUGACAUUCGCUGAACAUCCACCAGGUGGACUUCGGCAACGCAUCGGAUCUGACCUACUUUCUGAUACAGGCCUCUCACUUCUUCAAGGAUUUCUAACUUACAAUCCAGCUCGAAGAUUGACUGCCGAAGCUGCUCUUGAACACGCCUAUUUCAAGGAGCAACCCGUGGCGAUCGAGCCGGCGAUGUUCCCCACGUGGCCGGCCAAGUCGGAGGGCAACCGGCGCACGACGCACAGCCCGCGGCCGCCCGCCGGCGGCGCCGCGUACGCGCAGUACGCGCGCGCUGACUCCGACGAGGCGCUCGGCUUCCAGCUGCACGCGCGCUCCCUCAACGUCGCGCCCGGCUUCUCGCUCAAGUUCUGA